AUGCCACCAACUCGUUCCGCUGAAUCCGCUUUUGAAUCCGAAGAUUCCUCUGCCAAGAGAGUGAAAGUUGAUGAUGAAAAAUCUACAGAACAAACUUCUGCUGAACAAACUAGUACUUCGACAGAAAAACCGGCUGUAAAGUCAUACUCUGCGCCCAAUGCUGGAAUUUCGGAAAUUGAUGUUGGAAUUACCCAGUUUCUGAGUCCUGAUUUGAAAGGAUUUAAAGGUAUUUUGAAACAAAGAUACUCUGACUUUUUGGUCAAUGAAAUUGAUAAGGACGGUAAUGUUGUUCAUCUUACUGAUACCGGAUUUUCUGACAAACGUGACAGAAGAAAAGAAAGAAGAGAAGAACAGAGAUCCACUGAUGAUCAAGACACCAAACCAACAAAAACUCCUUUUGAACUUAAACCAGAAAACCGUGAGAAAUUGGUAAGCCUUCUUGGUGAAAAGACUGUUAAUGAUAUGGUCGAUCUUUUGACCAAUGGAUCUAAAGUUGUUACCGAAACUCCAAUUGAAGAUAAAGAUGAUCGUACUGUUAUCCACAGAACUGUGCGCGAAGCAUUUGAAUCUCGCUUAGAAACCCGAACUACCCCUGAGAAUACAUUCAUUAUUACUCUUUCAUCCGGAAACAAUAAGUUCAGAUCUAAAGCAGAUCGUCUUGGAAAGAGCAGUGUGGGAGCUGCAAAUGCCAAUAUUGGUCUCCAAAAAAACUUUCUUCAUUUUACUCUUUACAAAGAAAACAAAGAAACCAUGCAAGUUGCCAAUUUACUUUCGAAGUUUCUUCGCGUUCCUCCUAAAACCGUUACUUAUGCCGGUACAAAGGAUCGUCGCGGUGUCACUGUUCAACGUGCCUGUAUUUCAAAGACUCAAGCCGAGCGUCUUAAUGGCUUAAACCGAACUUUGAGAGGUAUCAAGCUUGGCGGGUUCAAGUAUGAAGAUUACCAACUUAAACUUGGAGAUCUCAAAGGCAAUGAAUUUUACAUUACUAUUAGAAAUGUUGAUGAGAAAGACAAUGAUGUUAUCAAUGCUGCGCUCUCGUCUCUUCGUGAUAAUGGCUUUAUCAACUAUUACGGUAUGCAAAGAUUUGGUACCUUCUCAAUCUCUACCCACACUAUUGGUGUUCACAUCCUGAAAUCUGAUUGGGAGACUGCUACUAGCCUCAUUUUGUCACCCCAAGAACUUGUUAUUCCAGAAAGUGUUGAAGCUCGGAAAGUUUGGAGUGAGACUGGUGACGCAAAGAAAGCGUUACCAUUAAUGCCCAGAAAGUGUGUUGCGGAGCACUCUAUUUUGGAAGUUCUGAGUGAAACCCCUAACAGCCAUUUUAAUGCUGUUAUGAGAAUACCCCGGAAUCUGCGCAUUAUGUAUGGACAUGCUUACCAGAGUUACAUUUGGAACACUGUCGCCAGUGAACGCAUUAAGAGAUUUGGUGCUAAAAUCAUUGAGGGUGACCUGGUUCUUGUGGAUGAAGCUGAAAAGGCUGCUGCCAAGGCUGAACAAGCUGAAGAGGACGACGAAGACUUUGGCGAAGAAGAUGUUAAACCCGAUGUUUUUGUACGUGCUCGACCCGUCACUAAAGAGGAAAUUGAAUCUGGUAAAAAGACAAUUUUUGAUGUUGUUCUUCCCACACCAGGAUUUGAUAUUAAAUACCCUGAAAACGAACUUAAGCAGGUCUACAUUGAUGAAAUGAAGAAGGAUGGUUUGGACCCUGAUAACAUGAGACGUAACAUCCGUGAAUUUUCUUUGGCCGGUAGUUACAGAUACCUUCUUUCUCGCCCUGAUGUUGUUGAAUGGUGGAUUAGAAAGUAUGAUAGCGACACAGAACAAAUGGUUAAGACCGAUUUGGAUUUGUUGCAGGAGGAACUUCCGGAGGACAAGCGUAUCAUUGAAAACUUGGAUGAAGGUUCUAAGGUUGCAGUGCUGUUGAAGAUCCAGCUGGGAACCGCCCAAUAUGCUACCAUGGCUCUUAGAGAAGUAAUGAAAUUAGACACUAAGCGACGUGGUGAUGGUCUUGAUGUAAGAAAUACAAAGAAUUAA